UCCAGACUGCGAGCCCGAGGAAGUGUUCGACUGGUCCUUCGAUGAAAACUGUCUCUUCUGCUGCUUAAGACGCGAGAAAGUCAAGGACGGGCACAGCGUAGAGAAGGGUGGAGGCAGCCAGGUGCUGUCGGAGCAGUCUCGGAUCAGCCGGCUGGAGAGACAGGCCCAAGACUUCCUCAAUGCUGUGUUCCAUAGAAAAGACCUCCCAAGUUUCUCAGAACCUCACAUUCCUCUAGUGGCUCGUGAGAUCAUGCAGCGAAUGAUCCGCCAGUUCGCUGCCGAAUAUACCUCAAAAACUACUCAGGACGACUUGCCCCUGCCCAACGGCACCAUGAAGGACCAAAGCCUGUCGAGAGCGGCGUCUCUGGUCGUGGCCCCGUGCUCCCCGCAUGGGCCCCUGCCCCUGCCGAGCUCCCCUCAAUCGUCUGUCUCCUCCUCCCCAUCCCCGACCCCGGGACCUGGCCUCAGCCCCACCUCGGCCGCUGCCGCCGCUGCUGCUGCCUCAGCACCCGCCUGCACCCAGAGCAGCAACGGUACAGGAGCCAGUAACGGUGGAGGAGGUACGGCUCCUGCCUCUGCACAGAAUCCCGUCCUCAGCAAGCUUCUCAUGGCCGACCAGGACGGCCCGCUGGACCUCUCCGUCAAAAAGAACGAGGCGGACCCAGAGCCCAGUCAGCAGGAUGGCGUCCUGGACCUCUCCACCAAGAAGAACCACAGCGCAGGCAACCUCAAAACCUUCGUCGGCUUCUCCCCUGAGCCCAGGGUCAAAGGACGAUCUAUAAAAGUGGAACAUACCCUGCCAGAGGUGGAUGACGACGGCUUGCUGCAGAGAAGCUUGCAGGACGGACUGAGGGAGAACUACGUCAACUCCAACUCCUUCAAGCCUCCAUUAGCCCAAUCGCUGCGUAUCAAGGAGGAGCUCCUCAGCCAGAAGCACCGCCUCCUGAGCCAGCCUGCUGCUCUUUCAUUGGCUAAUCUAGAAUCAGCCGGCUUGCUCAAUCAUGCGCAGACCUACUCAUUGCUCAGCCAAAAGGGCUCUUCCUCUUUCUGGGGAAGCAAGGCCCACCUCGAAGGCCUGAUGAAGCUAAAGCAGGCCAGUGGAGCUCUGAGCGGGGCCCUCAGUGACCUCAAAGACCUGCCUACAUUCCUGGAGAAUCACCACAACCACCACGGAGCCUUCUCCUUUAAAAGUCACCAUCACCACCACAAUCAGGUGUCCAAGGCCCAACACCACCACAAUGAAGGCAAGAGGGACCAGGGCCACUCACCUCCUGUCGACCUAAAGAUCCCUCAAGUUCGGGGCAUGGAUCUCUCCUGGGACUCCCAUGCCUCUGAUCUGUACGGCUAUGGUGCCAUGGGGGUUGGGGGUGGUGGCCAUGGGGAGAACAACCUGAGUCGGAAGCUGAGGGCCAUCCUGCCCAAGCAGAACCGCCGGGGAGGAAGCCUUGGAAGCCUGCUGGAUGGGGCGGCUGACUACUGGAGCUCGGACUUGGACCACUCCAGUUCCGGGCCAGCGUACUCCACCUCCGACGUGGAAGGGGACCCAAACUCCAAGCAGCCGAGGAAGAAGAGGGGCCGUUAUCGCCAGUACAACACAGAGAUCCUGGAGGAGGCCAUUACCGUAGUGAUGAGCGGGAAGAUGAGUGUGUCCAAGGCUCAGAACAUGUACGGGAUCCCGCACAGCACCCUGGAGUACAAAGUCAAGGAGCGCAUGGGAACCCUGAAGAACCCCCCAAAGAAGAAGCUCAAGCUGAUGAUGAAGAUGGAAGCAGGAGGCCAGGAUUUUCCUCUCGCGGAGUCGGAGAACAUGCCAACCACAACCCCACGAGACAACGGCCCGCCGCUGGCUGCUGUUGAGCUCAAGGACAAUGUAAAAGAAGAGAUUGAUGACAAUUUCAAACCAAUCGACUAAACGACUUACACAUGUAAACCUCAGUCAAUGACUUAAGUAGUUUGAAAAUGGAUGGGGCUUUAUUUGUGCCAAUUUACUUAGCAGUAUCUGGGUGAGCACAAACGCAGGGAUAAUAUGAGGAGGAUUCUUAAAACACACUGGAGAUAAACUAAUCGGAUGGUUUUAAACUAGCGUCGUUUUAGCGACGCUGUAAAAGGAUUUGUUUAGCUUUUAUAUCCAGGGGCUUAGCAAAUGCAGCUAAAGACAGUUAAAUGACAGUUAAUGAAAUUUCCACACGCAUGCUGAUAAUCCUAAACCCCAAAACCCGAUCCCCCUCUUUUCUGGACUUGACACACUGAUCCAUUGCUGCUUAUAAAUGCAGUUUGGGCUUUGGACCAUUCCAAUUUGGAGAAAAAAAUGAGGGGAAGGUUGAAAAUUAACUCUAAGUCUAUUUACUGCUCCCCUCUCUCAUGGAGUACUAGCUGAAAAUUGGUAAGUGAACUGUCUAUUACAUUUGAAGCCAACUGUAAGGUUUAAUCAUACCAUUGAUGUUCCUCACCAGGGUUCUGAAUCAAAACCCAUUCUCUUAUUGCCAGGUAGCCAUGACGCUUUAACUGCAACACUUUUCUUUCCUCCUUAAGAUAUUCUGCUAAUCUCUGUGUGGACGAAAGCAACAUUAACCCGUCCUUUUUGAAUGAGAAAAGACACACAAAAGUCAUUCAGGGAUGCAUGUUUGUGAGUUUCGUGGACACUACUGACUUCUAUAAUCAACUUAUUAUCCUCCUUUCUUUUCAUUUGAUUUGUUUUGCUUUCUUUUGCACUACACUUUUGGGUCUGGCGCUUACAGACCUGGUUACCUCGGCAUUGUUGCCCAUGCAUCAUGCACUUAUUAUGGUCUGUCUCUGAAGCCCAGUCGCAACCUUGUAACGGGUCAGAGGUGCACAUCGUCUGCGUACGCUGAUCCAUCAUCAGAUCCCGGGAAGCUCUAAAACCCUCUUUUUUUUGCCAAGAGACAAGUUGAGGGGGAAUCUGAUUAUGGAUCAGCUGUUUUUAAGGCGAAUGCUACCUCAUGGACCUCCAUCAGUGUCUCACUGCUGAUCCUGGAAUGCUGGAGCCACCUUCAGGUUGCCCUGCAAACGCUUGCCGAAGUGAGCUCAUCCCUUACAUGGAGAUCUUUAUUGGAUGAAGGCCUUUUAGGAUCAGGAUGUGAAACUCUGCUGCUAUCCACUUGAUUAUCUAGCUCCUACACAAGGCUUUAGCUAGCCUAAGCUAAUGCGUUUUAGCUAGUCUUUAGCUAACAACAACACAUUGCUGAUGUUUUUUUGUUUUUUUUUCUAAUCAAACUAAGCAGAAGCGGCUUAGCUGACAAGUUUUAAAAGAUAUUCUUCACCCUCAAACCUCAAAGACAGUUUGAUCGACAGUUUACAACGACAAUGUGCAUUUAUAGAGGGUUCAUUUUGGGAUGGUGGGCGGGCAAUAUGCAGUGGGGAGGGGUAGUUGAUAGAAGCGAGGGAAAAGCAGAUUUAAUAUAUUAUAAAUUAUUAUAACUGAUGAUGUAAAAGCCAAUCCUUGAUUCUGGAUGAUUUCUUUUCUCCUCCUUUUUUUUUUUUUUUUUUUAAACUCAGGGUAACUGAGACAGAUGAUGUGGGUUUCAAAUAUGGUUAUCUCCUGUUGGACCUAUAGUAGACAGACAGGAGGACAAGACGCGCCUCUCACUAAUGCUAAUGAGUUUAGGGGAUUGAAUUUAUGGCGCUAAACUUCUAAAAUAGCACUUUUUAAAAGUAAGCAAAAACACGACAGAAAGAAAGCUGUUUGAGGUUAUGCACGUAGUGUAGCUCUGCUCUGUGGGAUACAGAGCAGGGAGCGAUCAGGAGGGCAGAGAUGGAAGAAAAAAGCUUUAGUGUGUGAGGACUUUCGGAAAGCUGCAGCUUGGACCCAAACUACUCCUUUUGUUCUCCUCUCAAUGACCUCCGCGAUUAAAGACAAAAAAAGACGAAAAAAGGAAGAAAAAAAUGGUCAACAGAUUGAACAAGUUGAGUUUUGUGUAGUGUUGUCUCGUUGUUUUCCCUCCCCUUGCCACUAUAGAGAUAGAAAAACUAUCAUCACGUUGUACAAGGCGGGGAAAGCAUAUCCCUCAGAGGAGACAGGUGGAAAGGAAAACAAUGCUCCUCUGGGAUUUCACAUCAGGAAAAGAUUGAAGGAGAUGACAAAAGCUUUUUGGUCGAUAUGUUUUUGUGCUCUGUGGUAAAUGUUGCUCUUCGCUCCUAACACUGCCUGGUGCUCACCCAGUCUGAGAUUUUUAACAUGAGAAUUGUACCUCUCUGCUCAGAUGAAAUGAUGAUGAUUCACUCCUUUUGAAAUGUAUUGUACAUUUUUAUUUUUUUCUUUGAUUAUUUUCUUAAAAAUGGCAUGCACCACUUUUCUUUGGCUGAUUUUGGGGUCGGACCAAUUGAAUAUAUGUAUAUGUUUGGAGGAUUUCAACACAAUUAAGCUCAAACUCUUACUAAGUUAUGAAUGAAUCACAAUCUAAUUAGAAUUAGAAUACUACCUGUUGCAUACAAUCCUAAUUUUCCCCUCUGUGGUGAUUGGUUAUCCACCUUAAGCUUUGUAGCUCCCUUGGCUUGAUUGGCAGAUAUGAACGGCCAAUGGGAAGAGCUUUAGAAGAGACCCUCUGGGACAACAAUAUUCCCGGGGGCCAUCAUGCAUGAAAUGCGUCCCAACACUUUGACAAUGCUCAGCAUUUGAAGUGUCUAAAAGGGUAGUUGUGUGCGUUGAGUUGGACCCAGCGAAGACAAUGCACUGAUCUGAUAGUUAAAACAGGAUCGAAGCCCCAACAGUGACGAUAUAAAGCACUUGUUAUGAACACGCCUCUGGUAAAAGGCAUGGCUACUGCUCACUUAGCCAGCUGUGAAUACAGUUAGACAAAACGUGACGUAGUGUGCCCCCCUCUUUUAAAAGAAGAAAAGCCUGUUAACCUGUUUCAUGUAAUGCAUGUAAAGCAUUGAUUUGUGCUAAAA